AUGCUCAUGCCUGGGGAUGGCGGGGUCUUCGCAGUUAUGUGCGAGGAAGCUCAGCGACGAGACGAAGCACAAGCGUUGGUCCUGCAGUCACGAGCACAACGACGGCUGAAGAACAUCAAGGAAGAGGGCGAGCGUGACCAAUGGAGUCGACGAAGGGAACAGCGACAAGAGCGAGCACGACGGCGGGCACUACGGCGACUGGAUCGGCGACGAAUGGACCACAUUGAGGAUAGCGCCGGCGGAAACGCGGAGGAGUACCAACAACCGGAACAAACUCUGGAUCUGCCAUUGAGUUUCCACCCGGGGGAUGAUCAACCGAGGAAGGAUCGGACAGCUCCGAGCGAAGACGAACCCAGUAGCAGUGUUCCGGGCGGAGAAGAAUUGCAAGCUUCACGGGCGCGACGCCGGGCGGAGAAACGGAAAAGGAAGGCGAAAGCGAAGGAAUUACGCGCGCUGAUGGCUCGUAGUCGACAAGAGCAGUAUCCAGGAGGAGGGUACUAUCGCGGAAGUCAGCGGGGUGAAACACCGACAGCCUCAGGCGACUACGGUAGUAACACAAGUUAG